GAAUCAUUGUCCUAAGAAAGUUACGUAUUGAUGUUUCUAAAAUUGCAUUGUGCGAAUUUUUUUGAUUGCCCCUAAGAACCAACGUCGCAUUUCGGAUGUUUAUUCAUCUUUUCACAUCAUUUUCUCAAAUUUCAGAUUGAUGAUGCGGCAAAUGUAUGCUAAAAUUUAUUUAAGCUUACCAUGAAAACUGUAUUGUCAGCCAUGUUCGAAUUGUUUGUUUCUUUUUAAGAUGAUAUGUCAAUUUCGAUUUUUUAUUGAAAAGGGGAUUUAUUAAGAACACAUUGUGUUUCGCUUGGUUUUUAUCAAUGUUUAAAAAAUCAUUAGAUGGUAAUUAGAUUUUUUAUAUGAAAUUGGUGAUUAGACGAUCGCCAAAACCGAUUUUUAAGACAAUAGACUGUAUUUUUUUUUAGUUGUUUAAAAAUAUUAUUAGACAGACUUCUAAACCAUUUUUUAGAGUAUUAUCUUUUUAGGUAUUGGCACGCCGCUGAAUGGAUUAAUUACACAACCCGUCCUUCUCUUUGGCAUCUAUUUCAUGCCUUCGCCAGUUUUCCCUCCGUAUAUAUAGAGACAUAGCUAGGUCACUCGAUCAAAACACAACACAAGUUUCUCCAUUUCCUUUCAUAAAACACUCAGAAAAAAAAAGGUUGGAGUCAAAGUGCACAAUGGCGGGAACAUUUGACCGUGCGGGUGAGGUAAAAGCAUUCGACGAGAUGAAAAUCGGGGUGAAGGGUCUCGUCGACGCCGGAAUCACAAAAAUCCCACGCAUAUUCCAUAACCCGCAAGCCACGGUAACUAACCCUAAACCUCCUUCUACGUUGACUAUCCCAACAAUAGAUAUGGGAGGUUGCGUGUUCGAGUCCACGGUCGCAAGAAAGGAAGUGACUGAGAAGGUUAAAGACGCCAUGGAGAAGUUCGGUUUUUUCCAGGCGAUAAACCAUGGGAUUCCUCUCGAGGUCAUGGAGAAGAUGAAAGAUGGGAUCCGUGCGUUUCACGCGCAAGAUCCAGAAGCGAGGAAAAGGUUCUAUAGCCGUGAAAAAACCAAAGCGAUAAAGUAUAACUCUAACUCUGAUCUCUAUGACUCUCCUGCUGCGAGCUGGAGAGAUACCUUAAGUUGUUUUAUGUUUCCUGAUGUUCCAAAAACCGAUGACUUACCGGACAUUUGUAGGGAGAUCAUGUUGGACUACUCAAAGAGAGUGAUGAUGUUUGGGGAGUUAAUAUUUGAGCUCAUAUCAGAAUCCUUAGGGCUGAAGCCUAACCACCUCAAAAAAAUGGAUUGUGCAAAAGGUUUGUUGAUGCUCUGUCAUUGUUACCCGCCGUGUCCUGAGCCAGACCUAACGCUGGGCGCCACUCAGCAUACAGACAGAUCUUUCAUCACUAUACUUCUUCAAGACCAUAUUGGAGGACUUCAAGUUCUCCAUGAUGGAUACUGGAUCGAUGUUCCUCCUAAUCCUAAUGCUCUUAUCCUUAACGUUGGUGAUCUACUACAGCUUAUAACGAAUGACAAGUUUGUGAGUGUGGAGCAUAGAGUUUUGGCAAAUGGAGGUAAAGAGCCACGCACUUCGGUUGCAUCUUUCUUUGUGCAUCCUCCUUCAACAAGUCCGAGAGUAUAUGGACCCAUUAAAGAGCUUUUGUCAGAAGAAAACCCUCCCAAGUACAGGGAAACCACUCCGGAAGCCUCCAACCACUAUGUGGCUAGAAAACGUGAUGUGAACAAUUCGCUGAGCCAUUUAAGGAUCUGAACAAAAUAAGUGAACCUGAUCUGAAUCUAUAUUGUUAUUUCCUUUGUGUUUCCAAUAAAAUUUUAGUGCACACAGAUGCACAAUAUGGUUUCUGAAGUUACUACACUUUUUUGUACGUUUGAGAAAAAGGAUAACUACAUGUUGUAGUCCCAUUGAAAUGUUUAUUUCACGUUUGAUCUAAUAAGAUAUUGCCGUCUA